AUGUCCCACCUCGCACCACGACCCCCGCAACGUCCGGCUCAUCACCGCACCCGCAGCCAUUCUCAACCCGUCGACAAGCGGGCUGAGCUGGUCGCCCAGCUGGAAGGCUGCAUCGGCCAAGUCUUGGAAGCGACAAAGGCGUACAAGUCUCCCCAGCAGCAGACCGCCCAUCAGAAUGCCAACCAGAUGUUCCAGCAGCGCGUCAUGGCCUCGCAGGGACAUGCGGGAAACAUGUCGGAGCAGGACUGGUUCGGUACCAUGAUGCAGUGCCUGAACGAGAGCACGCGCACGCUGCAGAGCUCCUUUGUGCGCAACACGACGCUGGAUGUCGCCCUCAAGGCUUUUGCUUCGGGUGUCUUUGAUGCACUAGGACCGGGCUACUUUCAGGAGUCUAUUGAUAAGUUUCUGGCCUCGUCAAAAGCCAAUGCCUCUAAUCAUACGACCAUCCCUCAUCACGCGGCUCCGGCGUCGGGUAUUCUCUCCCCCCCGAGAGAGAUUGGUCCGGGACAAAGUUUCUUGCAACACCCUCUACACAAUCUACCCCCGUCGUCUCCUCACCCCUCAUCGUUCCCUUCUGCACACCACCAACUUGUUCAGAGACCUGCAAACCACGUCGCAUCUGGUCUUGUGGCUGGCCCAUAUCAGCAGAUGCAAAACAUCCCGACGGUCCGGCAACCUGUCCCCCCCGUGCGCGGGCGUGGCCGCCCACCCAAGCGUCCAGCCCAAAGCGAAGUCCCGAACCUGCCUGCACAAAAGAGAGCCUAUGCCUCCGAGGCGCUGCGACAGGCCGCCGGGCCGAUGAGACCGCCACCCACCCCUACCCAUGCGCAACCGAGCCAUGGCAACGCUCUGAAGCCUCGACUGUGUAUCGACUUUUGGGACGUACAGCAAGAGAGGGAUCCGCGAAGAAGACAGGCUAUUCUUGGGUACGGGGGCAAGUGGUACGUCUUCCAGUGCCACCAGCACCAUCAAGUUGUCUUUUUCCAGACGGCAGAGGGUGCGAGACACCACAUGAUGACUCGCCACGCCUUGCCGAGCCAACACAUUGAUUUCCUCGACAUUGUUCGAGAACUCGGCGUCGAAGUCAUGAACUGCGAUGCUGCCCGUGCGGAGAAGAACAAUUUGGACGCCGUCAACAUAUGGAAUCGCUCCGAUCCAACAACUGCGGGACACCAAGACACUAGUAUCUCGCCUCACGGAAUGCUCAAUAACCAGACACCACUGCUGACAGCCAUUUCUGCCACCCCAAACCCCGAUUCGCAGUUCCCCAUCUCUGUGCGCAUCGAAUAUGGUUCACUACCACGGACUCAACUCAUCUCCCCCAGCACAGUCUCUCUCUCCGAUGAUGAAGGAGAGAACAUGGCUGUAAGCCGGGAAUCUGUCGUGAUAAAAAAGGAGCCGAUCGAGAAUGAGCUGGAUCCAUCGCCCGUUGCGACACACCGAGCACAGUCUACAGAUGCUCCAAGCUGCUCCCCGCAGUCAUCAGAGCCUGUUGGUGGAACCACUGAAGGCCUCGAGACAAGUCCAACAGCGUCGCUUCCAACACGGCCGAACAAGUGCGGACAGAUCCCCGCCCAAGCCGCCCAAGAAGAGAGAACUGUCGAGCCCCCGGCAAAAGAGUCGACGGCCGGCGACGUUUCAAAAGUUGUCACCGAAAGACCAGCCGAGACGCGUGACAUGCCAGAACAGACUCCAGAUCUGACACCGGACUCGCCUAGCUCCUCUGAACUGAGCGAACCUCCCUCUCUAGAGGAGCUCGACUCGUUCGAGACGCGAGCUACCAAGGCAGACGCGCCCAAAGUGAUUGACGCCGAUCUGGAGGAAGGCGAAAUCGACGAGUCCUGCAUCCGCGUCGCACCAUGCUCCCCCGUCACAUUGAGCAAGACGAUUGCCUCAUCCACGCCGAAGAAGAAGAGGAGGAUUACCGCUGCUGGCUCAGCGUCAGGAUCACGAAGAACAAAGCUCCCGUCGACGCCAAAAUCGGCGCAAAAGAAGAGGAGAGAGCGACAGUCGUUUUGGAGCCCGUCGCAGAUGUCGGGCCCGAGCGCUCAUGAUCAGUUCAAGACCAAGCCGUGCAAGAAGUGCCCCGAGAGGUUCUACUUUCGAGCCCAGUUGGCGACGCACAUGAUGAGCGAGCACCCCGAUCGGCGUCUGCGCGCCCACCUCGACCGCCGCCUGCCGCACCAGCUCCGUGAGGUUAUAGCAGUCCGCCACCGCCGCCUGCGGGGCCCAGUCCUCCGCGAGCAUCUUGGCGACCUUUUGCCUCGAGUACGCCGACGCCAUGGGCCCGGCGUCGAGGACCUGCGCGUACGCCGCGACGUCGAGGCCCAUUGUGCGCGCGAGGUGCAUCGACUCUGCGAGGCCGGCCGUCAUGGUGAUGAGGAAGAGGUUGGUGGCGAACUUUGUGCGCAGGCCGGCGCCAAUGUCGUCGCCGCAGUACACGGCCGUCUUGGUGAUGGCGCGCAGCAGCGGCGCCACGCGGCGCGCCGCGUCCGCGUCCCCGGCCAGCAUGCCCACCAGCUGGCCCUGCUCGGCCGGCACGCGGCUGCCGCUGACGGGCAUCUCGAGGAAGCGGCCGCCGGCGCGGCGCACCUGCGCGUCGAGCGCGCGGCUGCACCCCACGGACACGGAGCUCGUGUUGACGACGGUCGUGCCGCGCAGCGCCGAGGCAAAGGCGGGCGUGAACAGCGCCCGGUACGCGGCGUCGUCGAAGAGCAUGGUGAAGACGACGUCGGACUGCUGCGCGACGGCGGGCGCGUACUUGGCCGCGCUGCGGUUCCAGACGGUGACGGGGAAGUGCUUGGCGAGGUUGAGCGCCAUGGGCGUGCCCAUGGAGCCGAGGCCGAUGAAGCCGACGCGCAUCUCGGGUUGGUUGGGUUCGGUUGUCAUUGGUGUCGUGGCAGCGAGUGA